AGACGUGGGGCGACCGGGCGCUUCCGGUGGCGGACCCUGGGCCUUUAUGGGCCGCCGCCGCCGCCAUGGACCCGUUCCUGGUGCUGCUGCACUCGGUGUCGGCUGGCCUGGCGAACAGCGAGCUGGCCGAGCUCAAGUUCCUGUGCCGCGGGCACCUGAGCAAGAAGAAGCUGGAGCGCGUGCAGAGCGGCGUCGACCUCUUCUCCAUGCUGUUGGAGCAGAACGAGCUGGACUCCGAGAACACCCGGCUCCUGCGCGAGCUGCUCACCUCCCUGCGCCGCCAGGACCUGCUGCGGCGCUUGGACGACUUUGAGGCGGGCGCCGCGGCCCAGGCCGCGCCCCAGGAGGAAGAUCUGCAUGCAGCAUUUGACAUCAUCUGUGAUAAUGUGGGGAAAGACUGGAGAAGACUGGCUCGUCACCUUAAAGUUUCUGACCACAAAAUCGAAGAGCUGCCCAGCAGACACAGGACAGGCAGCCUGCGCCUGCCUCGGGCGAGGACAGACACGCAGCUCCCGGCCUGCCCCUGCUGUGUCCUCCGUCUUUUCGUCACCUCCCCUGCGACAGACCGAUGGGGCCAGCAGAGGUGGCCGGUCACCCAGGCCCUUCCCUCUUCACCCCACCUGAGCGACGAGCUGCUGUGGUUUUUGGACAAGGAUUCCUCAUAGCAACAACGAAUCCAUGUUCCUUUCUCUUCACAAUCAUAAAAUUUACAUUUCUGGAAAAGGUGCACAUAAAUCACGGGGUUUACACAAAAGCAAGAGGUGAGAGCCCAGGGGAGCCCAAGCGUGUGUGCUCCCCACAGGGCGUGCGGCCUCUGGAGGGGAGUUUGACCAAGGAUGUCCUGUAGCGAGGGGGGACUCCCUCGUCUUCUGGCCCCCACAAAUUCCCCGGUGCCACACCCUUCCUUGCCUUCUUUCCUUCUGCCUAAUAGGACAAGGUGCCCCUCGCCGCCGCCAGCCCCUUCAGACUCCCGUUGGGGUGCAGGGUCGUAGUGGGAUCCCCUCUCCAUUUGCUGUCAUCUUGCUGCGCCUUCCCCCCCCAGCAUCCACAAGACCACCCCAAUCCCUUCACGCUGAAGUUCCUGUGGAAGCCUUUGUGUACCUUCUGUCCUGUCUGCCCCACCUCUAGGGCACCUGGUGCUUCUCCAUCCUCUCUCCUUCCUGGCCACUCCGUCUCCUUCACUCGCUCUCCCAGUGUCAGUCGGCAGCCCCUUCUCCCUCUGUACCCCCCUUCUCUGGCUGUCCUUAGCCUUGUCUAGCACCUCCACUUCUUUCUCCAGCCCCCAGCCCCAUAUUGCCACCUGCUGGAGGGGCAGCCUGGCUGGUGCGCCAGGAAACAAACUCCCCGGCACCACCUGGCUGCUCGCCCUCCUUCCUCUCCCUGAUGCUCACUCUCCUCUAACUAAACCCCAAGUCUUGUAGAUUUAACCUAACAAACAUCUCUCCCGCCACCUCUACUGGCCGCCUUUCCUGCAGAGCCGCAGGGACUUCCUGGCUUGGCACCCGCCUCUGCCCUUGCCCUCCCCCAGCAGCCAGAAACAGGCUACAGACCUAUCCCCGACUGGAUAGGAACCCAGGCUCUCCGCUCCUGGCUUUGAGUUUGUGUUUUUAUGCCCGUGACAGCUCUUCCAGUAAGUUUGCUGACUGCACUCUAACCACAUGAUUCCUGUGACUCAGGGUGGCAUCUGCUGAUGCCAAAAUGCCCAGUCACCCCACAACUGCUCACGUGCUCGUGUGGUGUGAAUUUGCCCUGCUGUAAAGCAAAACCUCUUUUACAGGGGAGAUUUGCAACUGAAAGUCAUUUUCAUCAAAGCCCUGGUAUCUUGAGCUGUUAACUCAGUUGAGACAUUGUGGCAAGAGCCAUGUACACCAACCGCUCGAAUUGCUGCCAAGGAGCCAAGGCGGCUUCAAGGCAUGAGUCGGGCUUGCAUCGGCUGACAGCAGGAUGACACGGGGACUUGCAUGGUCUGGAAGGGAAACGCCCACAGGCCUGUCAGGGCACCCCAGGCGGGGGUGGGUACAGUCCUCACAAAUCCCAGGCUUGCGCAAGACAGCCUCCAGGAGGCCGCAACUGCUAUUUUGUUUCAGCAAAACAUACCUCACACUAAAUUAGCCGUGCAGUUAAUUACGUGAUUAAUCUAAAUUGUAUUACUUUUCUAGGCUUCUCUCUCCCUAGUUUGUCAUUUUAUUGGAGUUCUGUGGUUUACAAGGGUUAAAUGAGAUGCAUAAGUAUAUCUGAUUAUAUAUCUAUGUACUGAAGUAACAUAAAUUUUAAAAGUUGUCGUCCCUGGGAGUCUUGAGUCAGUGUUACUCCUUUGAAUGGGGUUGGAGACACCGGGCUGCAAAGACUUCCCCUGCCCCUUGGGAUGAAAUCCUAAUCUGCUGCAUCUUCAAGCAAAGUCUAUACAUAAUUGUGCCCAAGCCCUGCCCGGGACAGCCUGUUGUCACUGGCCGUGCACGCUGCCCCCCACCCACUCCCAGCAGCCUUUGCCCGGACCGUUUCCCCGUCCCCCUCCACCACCUUUCCCACCUUCCAUCCCCAAUGCUUACUGGGCCCGAGACCUGGCUGGAUGCCGGCUCACCCGCUCUGAGGGCAGCAUGGCUGGACUGCCACUCCCUGCGGUGGGCACCUCUACCCCCACCAGACUUGUCAAGCCCCUCCUGCCGUCUGCUUCCAGCACACGGGUUUCCCGGAACAGGCUCAUCACAUGUUUGCAGAAUGAAUGAACGAACGGCAGCAAUAAAAGGCCAGGCCCACGUGUCGGCUUGCGUUUCCUGCAGGUUGGGAUUCUGGGGGGUGGGGAGGGGACCGCGUGGCCCUGGCUGGAGGAGGGUAUCCUUUCAGGAGCCAGGCGUGCCCCUGGGGUCACCCCCCAAAGCCCAUGUUUCCCAGGGCAGGAGGGGGAG